GUUCAACGCACUCAGCAUGUGAACUCAAACAGUACAGUCAGUUGGCAUGUAUCUACGAAUUUUGAUUUGACGAUUCUAUAAUUAUCUUCCGUUUCUCUUCCUCAACGGCCAUGGUGAAGCUGCAGGCGGCCACCGUUUCGAACCAGGUCGUCCACACUAGGAAGAGGAAGCGACAACACGCCGAAGGAUGUGAGCAUAAUCCAGUUAGUAUUGAUUCGGUAAAAGAACCGGAACGCGUCUCAGAAGAAUUCCCGUCGAAUCUGUCGAAGCCAGCGUCAAGCAAAACGGCACAAGAUGGGAAGAGGAGCCGAAAGCCUAAGAACGCAACCGAUGCCACUUCUCCACCCGAACUUGCGCGACACGAUUCCUCUACUUUAGUGGAAACGUCUAUACCAUGGCCGGACCAUUUUGCGAGGUUAUCUCAGUUGCACCGAGCAUUGAACAUAGUCUACACGUUUUGUUCCUCGCGCAAGUCUUUCGCCACUACGCUCGACAACAUCCGAUCGUCCGUCGAAGGGCAUAUCAAGCGCACAUUGGAAGUAGAGGAGGUGGCACAAGUAGUAGCGUUGGUACCAAGAUCAAUCAAUUUCAGCUACGUUGAUGAAGCCAUGCUCAUGAUUAAUCUUAUGGGAGCGGACGAGACCUUCAAAGGUGGAACGGGAAACCAAUUCAUCCUGCCCGAGCAACUGCGUGAGGGCGCGGAAAGCGAGCGAAGGGAGGUACUUCUUUUUGAAUUUGUCGACGGCGACCUUAAGCGCCAGGUGCAGCAUGCAAAGACGGGCGAGCCGACGAAAGCAACUCAGAAGCUGCGAAAUGAACGCCUGAAAAUGCCUGUCUUCAGCCAGAAGCAGAUGCUGAAUCUGAUUGAGAAGCGGAACCUGAAGUUCACGUCUGCGGUCAAUGCUUUCCUAAACCAGGCAGACGAAGAGAAGAUUGACCCGGUUCUGAAGCUUUUGCAAGAGAGUCAACAGUAUAUCCCUAAAGUGACUAAUAAGGCAAUCAACACGGCGGAACUUGACAGAAGUGCUCCUCUUCCAGCAUGUAUUCCUGCAGAGAGAGCUUCAAUCUCCCAAAUCAUCUCAGAGAUCAAGUCGUUAGACUGGUACAGUGGUCAAAUCGUACCCGAUGGCCACAGAGUGUUUGAUCCUCAACCGCCAAUUUAUGGUGACCUUGUCUUUCAAUUAUCCCAAAACCUUGUCGAUGCACUUUACAACACCAGAGGAAUCACACAACUUUACUCCCAUCAAGCCCAAGCAAUCAAUCAUCUGUACGACGGUAGUAAUGUGAUAGUGUCAACAUCAACGAGUUCUGGAAAAUCGUUGAUAUACCAGAUACCCGUGCUACACGAGCUAGAGAAAGAUCACAAUACCAGGGCAAUGUACAUAUUCCCUACUAAAGCGCUAGCGCAGGAUCAAAAGAAGAGCAUGAAAGAUCUCUUGCGGUUUAUGCACGGACUGGAGCAAAUUAUAGUCGAAACCUUCGAUGGAGACACGCCCAUGUUUGAACGAAAUAAAAUCCGCGAGGAAGCGCGCAUUAUUUUUACAAACCCAGAUAUGCUGCACAUCACAAUUUUGCCACAGGAAGAUUCGUGGCGUAAUUUCCUGCGGAACCUCAAAUUUGUGGUCGUAGAUGAGCUCCAUGUUUACAACGGUCUCUUUGGUGCUCACGUCGCGCUCAUCAUGCGCAGGCUGAGAAGAGUAUGCGCAGCCGUUGGGAACAGACACGUUAAGUUUAUAUCCUGCUCAGCAACGGUUGCCAAUCCAGAGGAGCAUAUGAAAACCAUAUUUGGUAUCGAAGACGUCAAACUUGUAGACUUUGACGGAUCGCCAUCAGGCCGAAAGGAAUUUCUUUGCUGGAAUACGCCAUACAAAGAUCCCAAGGAUCCAAGCUCUGGGCGGGGAGAUACGUUUGCUGAGGCUGCAAAGCUCUUUUGCCAGCUUAUUCUAAGAGGCGUACGCGUUAUUGCUUUCUGUCGCAUUCGUAAAACGUGCGAGAUUCUGCUUACCGCUGUUAAAAACGAACUGAACAGUCUGGAGAGACCAGAAGUUAUGACUCGGGUUAUGUCUUAUCGAGGUGGCUACACCCCACAGGAUAGGCGAAAAAUCGAGAAGGAGAUGUUCGAAGGCAAGCUUGUAGGCAUCGUCGCCACAAAUGCCCUCGAGCUCGGCAUCGACAUCGGUUCCCUGGACGCCGUGAUGACCGUCGGCUUCCCAUACACAAUCGCAAACUUGCGCCAGCAAAGUGGUAGAGCUGGUCGACGGAACAAAGACUCACUAUCGGUGCUGGUAGGCGACUCCUUUCCGACAGAUCAGUAUUUCAUGCAAAAUCCGGAUGAAAUAUUCACGAAACCUAAUUGCGAGCUGCAGGUCGACCUGCAAAAUAUCAUGGUUUUAGAAGGUCAUAUACAAUGUGCUGCUCACGAGAUGCCAAUUCGUCCAGAGGAUGACCUCCAAUACUUUGGGGAACUCCUGCCUACCAUUGCAGAGGAACGAAUGCGCAAAGAUGCUGAUGGUUUCUAUCACACCAACGAGAGAUUUUUGCCUCGACCGUCGAAUUACGUCGCUAUACGUGACACCGAAGACGAUCACUUCGCAAUCAUCGAUACGACGAACGGGCGCAAUGUUGUGCUUGAGGAACUUGAAGCAUCAAGAGCAUUCUUCACAAUCUACGAUGGUGGCAUAUUUCUGCACCAGGGAAACACAUAUCUCAUCAAGGAAUUCUCACAGGAACGACUGAUGGCGAAGGUGGAACGCGUCAAGGUAGACUGGACAACGCAACAGCGUGAUUUCACAGAUAUCGAUCCCGUAGAGACGGAGGCUAUCCGCCAAAUUCCAGGCUCGCUGUCGAAGGCUUUUUAUGGACCCAUCAAGAUCAAACAGGUCGUCUUCGGUUUUUUCAAGGUCGACAAGAAACGCCGCAUCCUCGAUGCUGUGCAAGUCGAUAACCCACCCAUCAUUCUCUUCAGCAAGGGCAUGUGGCUCGAUGUCCCAAAAGCUGCGAUUGAGAUCCUGCAGAGCCGACGACUGAAUGUUGCAGGUGCUAUACAUGCUGCUGAACAUGCGAUUCUGAGCUUAAUGCCAAAUUUCGUGAUCUCUAUGCCAGGGGAUGUCCGGACUGAGUGCAAAAACGCACUAAAAGAGUUCCAGAAGCGGGAAACUUCGCGGAAACGACCUGCUCGGCUUACGUUCUACGACGCUAAAGGUGGCGCUCAUGGCUCAGGCAUCAGCACAAAAGCCUUUGAAUUCAUCGAUCUACUUUUACGUCAGGCGGCUGAGCGCGUUAGCUCAUGCUACUGCCAAGAUGGUUGUCUGGAAUGUUGUUGCAGCGAAUCAUGCAAGGAGAAGAAUCAGGUCAUGAGCAAGGCUGGCUCGGAGGUUAUUCUAAAAAGCUUGUUGAAUUGGGACAUCGAUAUUGAUGCUCUGCCAAUGGGUGAAGAAGAGAGAGUGCCAGCAGGCGUGGAGACUGUGGUACCAGCAGAACCUGUGAGACCUAGGCCUGGACAUAAGAUAGACAUUGUGGAAAUUAAAAGAGAGGAAGGUGGCGUAAAAAGGGUUGUGGUCGGCGUUGUGGGACAUGAAACAAGUAACGACGACAAGGAUAACGAUGAUGCGAACAUAUCGGUAGCCAACUGUCGCUAAACUUCUACAGCAUCUCAACCAUGAAGGGGCACUUCUGUAUGUUGACGAACAAAGAGUAUGUUUCAAGAAAGUCAAAGCCAUGGCGAAACUGUCUUUGAGGAGACCUCAUUCCCUCGCUGCCAUCGACAUUAUGUCGGCCAUUUUUAUCUUUGACACUAUAACACGAGGCUUGUACCGCACAGCAUAUCCGUCAUUGCCAAAACUGCUUGAAUAUUCUGUUUGAAGGGCUCAUGCCGCUAUAAGGUUAGCUCAAGAUCUAAUGUGUAUCACUCAAGUUAAAGGUAGC